GUCCAUGAGAGAAGUUAUGCUAAGUAUAGUCACCCAAUGAAGUACGCCUGUGAUUUUCCUGAUUGUAGGAAGACUUUUCCUACUUGCGGUCUUUUAGAAGAUCACAUCAAAAUGCACCAAGGUGUAAGACCUUACAACUGUGCUAACUGUGGCUGCUCAUUUUUCGCUAGGGCGAGGUUUGCUGUACAUCUUUCCAAGUACCAUAGAACGAGCAUACGUGACUAUUACCACGUUUCUGGACUAUUGAAACGAGAUCCCCCUUCAGAUGCUAAUGAUUGUCUAAAGCACUUGUAA